AUGGAGAGCAAAGUACACAGAAUGGUCAUCGUCGGCUCUGGCCCUGCGGGUCACACGGCGGCGAUCUAUGCGGCGCGGGCCAACCUGGAGCCGGUGAUGUACGAGGGCUGGAUGGCGGGCGGCGUGGCCUCGGGCGGCCAACUGACCACCACUACCGACGUCGAGAACUUCCCGGGCUUCCCCGAGGGCGUCGGCGGCAUCGAUCUCACCGACAACAUGCGCAAGCAGUCUGAGCGCUUCGGCACCGUCAUCAUUCCCAAGACCAUCACCAAGGCCGACUUGUCGUCGCGCCCGUUCAAGCUGUGGGUCGAGGGCGAGGAGGAGGGCGAGCCCGCGGCGCAGGCCCACUCGCUGAUCAUCGCCACCGGCGCCACGGCGCGUCGCCUGGCCGUGCCCGGCGAGGAGACCUUCUGGCAGAAGGGCGUCUCGGCCUGCGCUGUGUGCGAUGGCGCCCUGCCCCUCUUCCGCAACAAGCCCCUCGCCGUCGUCGGCGGUGGUGACAGCGCGUGCGAGGAGGCGUCGUGGCUCUCCAAGUUCGGGUCGAAGGUGUACCUGAUCCACCGGCGCGACGAGCUGCGCGCGUCGAAGAUCAUGGCCCAGCGCGUGCUCUCGAACCCCAAGAUCGAGAUGGUGUGGAACAGCGCCGUGGAGGAGAUCUACGGCGAGAAGCUCGUCACAGGCCUCAAGAUCAAGAACGUCUCCACCGGCGACAUCACCGACCUCCCCGUCAGCGGCCUCUUCUGGGCCAUUGGCCACGUGCCGAACACGCAGUUCCUGAAUGGUCAGGUGGAGACGGACGCGGAGGGCUACAUCAAGACGACGCCCGGCUCGACGGUGACCAGCGUCGAGGGCGUGUUUGCCGCGGGCGACGUGCAGGACAAGCGAUACCGACAGGCCAUCACCGCCGCCGGCACCGGCUGCAUGGCGGCCCUCGACGCCGAGCACUGGCUCUCGGCCCACCUCUAA